GCGAGUCAAAAAUGUCAGAAAAUAAGAAAAGUCCUGAUAAGGGCAUUUUGAAAAAAUCUAAAAAUUUUGAUAAACAACACUCUCAACCAUCUGCAGACUCUAAGGAAACGGAAUGGGACGAAACGAAUAUCAUCAAAAGACAUCCUCCAACUGGCAAAGACGUAUAUCAAAUAGAUUCGAAAAUGAAAAGUACAGCAGACGAAUCGUCGAUAGUUUUUGUGCCUGGAUUGUAUGACGAAGAUGGUGAAGAUACUCAAGUAGGGGUAAUGGAAUGUGAACAAUUUGAAUUGAAUAGAAAAAGCCAUUACAACGAGUUCCAUGCCCUCCAACUGACUAGGAAAUUACUUGAAGAAGAUGAUUAUGAUGAAGAUGAACAACCACAUGAUGAGAAUAACAUGAAGAGAGAGGAAUUUGAAUUGAAGAGGAAAAACCAUUACAACGAAUUUUAUACCCUUCAACUGGCUAGAAAAUUGAUUCAAGAGGAAGAAGAUGAUGAUGAUGAUGAUGAUGAGAAUGACGGUGCAUCAUCAAAUACAAAUAGUGAGGAUAAAACAUCAUGCAUUUAAAUAUUAAAUAUAUCAAUUUUUUCAAAAAUUAGAAAAUAAUGAAGUACGUAUUUAAGUGUUUGCUGUUCUCAGGAAUUUAUUAAGUUAAAAAAAAACUGAAAUGCAGUGUCAUUUCUUCUAUUAACAGACAGCAAUCUUUCCUAUAAAUAUUUUGAUAAGGAAUUGAAUAAUGUCCACAAACAAGUUCUUCC